ACGAUACAAAACCAAAUGGGAAGAAAGUUGUGGGUGAUGUGGCGUAUGAUGAGGCCAAGGAGAGGGCAAGCUUUAUCACACCCGUCCCCGGUGGCGUGGGGCCCAUGACCGUGGCAAUGCUGAUGCAGAGCACAGUAGAGAGCGCACAGCGUUUCCUGCGGAAAUUUAAGCCAGGAAAGUGGACGAUUCAGUAUAACAAGCUGAACCUGCAGACGCCUGUCCCCAGUGACAUUGCUAUAUCUCGAUCUUACAAACCAAAACUCAUCGGGAAACUGGCCCAAGAAAUUGGGCUCCUCACAGAGGAGGUGGAACUAUACGGGGAAACGAAGGCCAAAGUCUUGCUGUCGGUACUAGAACGCCUGAAGUGCCAGCCUGAUGGGAAAUACGUGGUCGUGACUGGAAUAACUCCAACACCCCUGGGAGAAGGAAAAAGCACAACCACAAUUGGACUGGUGCAAGCCCUCGGCGCCCACCUGCAUCAGAAUGUUUUUGCGUGUGUGAGACAGCCUUCUCAGGGGCCUACCUUUGGAAUAAAAGGUGGCGCUGCAGGAGGCGGCUAUUCGCAGGUCAUUCCUAUGGAAGAGUUUAAUCUCCACCUCACUGGGGACAUCCACGCCAUCACUGCAGCCAACAACCUUGUGGCUGCGGCCAUCGAUGCUCGGAUGUUUCACGAGCAGACCCAGACAGACAAGGCUCUCUUUAAUCGUUUGGUACCCUCAGUAAAUGGAAUAAGAAUGUUCUCCGACAUCCAAAUCCGGAGGUUACGGAGGCUAGGCAUUGAAAAGACUGACCCUACCACACUGACGGAUGAUGAGAUAAACAGAUUUGCAAGACUGGAUAUUGACCCAGAAACCAUAACGUGGCAGAGAGUGUUGGACACCAAUGAUAGAUUCCUGAGGAAGAUUACAAUUGGGCAGUCUCCAACAGAGAAAGGCCACACACGCACGGCCCAGUUUGAUAUCUCUGUGGCCAGUGAAAUCAUGGCAGUCCUGGCCCUCACCAGUUCUCUGGAAGACAUGAGAGAAAGACUGGGCAAAAUGGUGGUGGCGUCCAGUAAGAAAGGAGAGCCUAUCAGUUGUGAAGAUCUCGGUGUGAGCGGAGCGCUGACGGUGCUGAUGAAGGACGCAAUCAAGCCCAAUCUCAUGCAGACCUUAGAGGGCACGCCAGUGUUUGUCCAUGCUGGUCCUUUUGCCAACAUUGCACAUGGGAAUUCCUCCAUCAUCGCAGACCGGAUUGCACUCAAGCUUGUUGGCCCUGAGGGCUUCGUAGUGACCGAAGCAGGAUUCGGGGCAGACAUUGGAAUGGAAAAGUUCUUCAACAUCAAGUGCCGCUAUUCCGGUCUCCAGCCGCACGUGGUGGUUCUCGUUGCCACUGUCAGGGCCCUUAAGAUGCACGGGGGCGGCCCCACGGUCACUGCUGGACUGCCUCUUCCCAAGGCUUACAUAGAAGAGGACCUGGACCUGGUUGAAAAGGGCUUCAGUAACUUGAAGAAACAAAUAGAAAAUGCUAGAAUGUUUGGAGUGCCUGUAGUCGUGGCCAUUAACGCAUUCAAGACAGAUACAGACGCCGAGCUGGACCUCAUCAGCCGCCUCUCCAGAGAACACGGAGCUUUCGAUGCUGUCAAGUGCACGCACUGGGCGGAAGGAGGCCAGGGAGCCUUGGGCCUAGCCCAGGCGGUCCAGAGAGCCUCACAGGCCCCCAGCAGCUUCCGGCUCCUCUAUGACCUCGAGCUCCCAAUUGAGGAUAAAAUCAGGAUAAUUGCACAGAAGAUCUACGGGGCAGAUGACAUCGAAUUGCUCCCAGAAGCACAGAAAAAAGCAGAAAUCUACACAAAGCAGGGCUUUGGAAAUCUACCCAUCUGCAUGGCCAAAACACACUUGUCCUUGUCUCACAACCCAGAGCAAAAAGGUGUGCCUACUGGUUUCAUUCUGCCCAUCCGGGACAUCCGUGCCAGCGUCGGGGCUGGUUUUCUAUACCCGUUAGUGGGAACGAUGAGCACCAUGCCUGGACUCCCUACCCGGCCCUGUUUUUAUGAUAUUGAUUUGGACCCUAAAACCGAACAGGUGAACGGGUUGUUUUGAACAGAUCGUCCAUCUCCAAGAGGCUACUUUCUGUCUGGCCAGUGUCUGUUCAGGCCCACUGAGGAAGUGUGCAGGAAAUCUGCCCCUGCCCUGAAGAGCUUCAGAAAUAGUGGGAGUUUCCCUGAAGCCUCUCACAGCCUUAAAUCCCAUCAUGUAUAAAUUAACAUAAAUCAUGUCUAUUUACUUAAUGAAAGUCCACAGAAUAAAUGGAAUAAUUUUGCUA